AUUUCAAAGAUCUUCUCCACAUUUCGAAGAUCUUCUCCACAUUUCGAAGAUCCUCUGCACACCUUGUUGUGUUUGCACAUUGCUACAUGCAGUAUAUAAUAUUUAAGUAAUGAUUAGAACUGAGAAAGUAAACAACUUCGCCUAGCAAUGUGUACGAUUGACAUGAAUAAGUUGAAAACUUUUUGUAAACAAUAAUGGUGUCAAAUGAUGCAGGUGAGUUGUUCAGAACGAGCUCCUUUAUUCAGUACUGGGGUCAACAAUAAACCUUUUUGGGCAAGGUGAACGUGGCUUUGUGUGAAAAAGGAGAAGCGAAUUUCUAAAAUAGAGUUCUAGAGGCUGUUCAUAUGGAACUCGAGCCAGCCCGGUUGGAGGGCCAGCCUGUCUGCUGUUAUCUCGCCUAAAUGCUUUUUUCAAAGGAAUUUGAGUAAUUAAAUUAUUUUGUUAUGAAAAUUAUUGUAGUAGUUGUAGCGUUUUUUUGCAUAUAAAAACAAGUUACAAGCCUCUAUAUAAGAGCCCCUUAAAUGCUUGCUUCCCAAGACAAGACCUUAGCAUUUUAUUAAACAAAGGAAGAUCAAAGUCAUGUCCUUUACCAAUCGAAAAUAGACCUAGGUUAAAAAAAUCGGGGGUCAGACGCUUAUUAUACGCAAUUAAUAACCUUGUCCCCAAUGUUUAUUAGAUUUUCUACAUCCAACACCUAAGAAACAUUGGGGACUAGACUGAAGAAUUGACUGUGUUGCAGUAAAUGAAUUUCGUUUGAACAUGAAUAAAUAUUUAAGGCCAGAUAACAGUCGCUGUUAUUUUUGUAUGGAUGAUAAAUGAUUGUAUUUUUAGGGUCGCACGACGCUAUCAUACUUGUGGCAGUGAUUGGAUCGUUGGCAUCGUUGCUGAUUCUUAUUCUUUCAUGUUGUUUGUGUGUGAAGUGUUGUGUUGAGAAAUCUAUGAAGAAUAGUUACGAUACGACGGAUCGUCACCAAGGUUACGACAACUAUAUUACGACGAAAGACAUGGAAACAAACCAUAAUGUGAAACUCCAGAUGUAUAGUUUUGAUUCACCGCCCGAAGCUCAGCGUUACGAUGUACUAAAUGCACCAAAGGUUUGUAUCUGCUUUUCUGUUUUCUGUCCACUUUGUAUUUUAUUAAAACUACUUCGAAACAUGUCCGAAGAAAAAUCAAAUUGGUAUAUUUUUGAAACCUUGUCUAUGAGUCUUCGUGAUUUGUUUUUGGAAUCGUAUUUAAAAUCAUCGGGCAACUCCUACUACUACGACGCGCGAAAUGGGAAUGUAGCCUGUGUUUUAGCCUUUAACGGGGUCGAGGCUACAUGCUGA